AAGGCUGUGUUCUCUGUCUUUCAGUAUCAGUCGGCUUGCAAGUCUCUGUGAUACGCUUCAAUAACAUCGCAAGAUGAGUAGCCAUCACUACAGAUUCGCUGAACAUGAAAACUUCUGUUCUGCCAUCAAAAGUGGUUUUCUUCCAACCAUCAUAGAGCACCUCAAAAAACCGGGCUCAGAAGUAAACAUGACCGUCGAUGCCGGGCGAAAUGCUUUACAUUUAGCAGCAGAAGCCAAGAGAGAAAACAUCAUAAGGUAUCUACUACAAAAUGGAGCCAACCCCGUGGCUGAAGACGAUACAGGGGCAACACCUUUACUGAUUGCRAUUUGGUCUGGAGAUAAGGACUGCGUUAAAACACUUUUAGACUUUGGAGCAGACCCAACAGCACGGUCUCCUGAUGAUGAGUCAUACGUUGAUUGUGCAGAGGAGUUUCCAGAGAUACAAGCCAUGAUAAAGAAAGCUAUCAAAGAAUACUAGAUGUCGUAAAAGAUAACGUCCAGCUAUGACAUGAGAAAAAGAUCCAAUUUAUAAUAAAAACACAAAUAAAGUCCCUCAUCAAUUAGUUAUGACUGAGGUUGCGGUAUUGAUUGCAAGCUUGGUAGAUAUGAUUUUUUCCAAAUUACUGCUUGCCCGCGUUGAUUGUACCGAGGCUAAUAAAAUAAUAUUUAUCAUUUGUAACUAAGAAAUUAAAAGGCAAGGGCUAUCCGUUAAAUCAGUGUUCAAUUUCUCCAUGCUCUCCAAUCAGAGAACAUUUUGUUCGAAGCUCAUUAAUUGCUACAGUGUAGUGCCAGGUUUUCCGCUCAAUGAACAAGAUAAAGAAAAUAAGACUUGUCGGUGAAAUAUUCAUAAAAUAUCUUUUAGAAAUAGCUUAUUUCGGCGUUUAUAGUGAGAUAUUUCCUUUUAAACGAGAGAUAAUAAAAUACUACUUGGAAAGU